CCGGCGCAGAAACUGACGCACGCGCACAAUAGGCCAACGUACUCGCCUGUCGCGCGACCUGGCAGCUGCGCAUGCGCAGGACUCCUCUAAGUGGCUUCGCUGCUCACUUACGGCUUUCAGCGAAACUGAGGUGGUGCUUUUACGGCAGUCAACAGCCAGUUCUAGCUGUGCGAUGCGGCCGCAGCAGGCACCUGUUUCUGGUAAAGUGUUUGUCCAGAGAGACUACAGUAGCGGCACCAGGUGCCAGUUCCAGACCAAGUUUCCCCCAGAGUUAGAAAACAGGAUCGAUAGGCAGCAGUUUGAAGAGACAGUUCAAACUCUAAAUAACCUUUAUGCAGAAGCUGAGAAGCUUGGGGGUCAAUCUUAUCUUGAAGGAUGUUUGGCCUGUCUGACUGCUUACACUAUCUUUUUGUGCAUGGAGACACAUUAUGAAAAGGUUCUUAAGAAAAUUGCCAAAUUCAUUCAGGAACAGAAUGAGAAGAUCUACGCACCCCAGGGCCUCCUCUUGACGGAUCCCAUUGAGAGAGGACUAAGAGUUAUUGAAAUUACCAUUUACGAAGACAGAAGUAUGAACAGUGGAAGAUAAAACAAAGGCGUCUAAGCACCCAGCUUAGUGGUGGACUUGCUGUACCAGAAGGUUCACCUACCUCCUGUCUAGAGCAUCAUUCCUCUCUGUUGCCAGAUCCAUGGUGCCAUCCACCAAAGGACUAAUUUCCUAGAAUUCUACUCCACAUGGGGUGACCCUCUGGCCGGUCAGCAUCCAUUUUGUGUCUUUAUGGCAAGCUUCAGGUGAUGGGAUUAUCUUAACUCCCAAGGAAAAGGCAGUGCCCUUCAAAUUAGCUGGCAAAUCAGCAAUGUGAGAGCAGUACUGUUCCUCCCCAGCCUCUUGGGCUUUCAUGCACAUCAGACACUUUAGAAAGCAACAAGUCUGACUUUAGGGGCACAGGCAUUUUCAAAAACAAAUUCUUCACUCCACAUAAAGCCUUUUGGGGAGGGAAGCGGGUAGAUAUGUCCGUUGUACAGCGUGCCUCUGCCUGGCAGGAAGUGACUUGAGGCAUAGCGCAUUUUAAGUUUUCAGAGGUGAUGCUCUGGGAAUUAUGCAAAUGCUUUCUGUUUUCAUAUUCUGGUUAUUCCUAAGACUCAUUAGCUAACAUUAGUGCUGGGUGCUUUGCUGCUGCUGUGAGAAUCUAUUGUUAUUGCAUUGUCCUAAAUUCCUAAGAGGAAAUGCUCUAUCGCUUGUUUCAUUAAGCUGUGUAAGCACAAUAAAAUGAAUGCUGAACCAAUACGUGUAACCAUCCCGACUAUCCCUUAAUGUUUAAUAUGUGAAGUGUAAUAAACUUUCUUGUUUUAUUAAAAUAAUUUAUAGGAACACUUGAUUUGACAAAGUACUAGGCAGUAUAUAAGAUAGUCACUGGCAAACUGCUGAAGAGUAAACCUUUGCAGUAUGUCGUAUUUCCUGUGCAUUAACAUUCCUUGGCAACAUCUGCUAAAAUAACUUGGGCAUCUUCUGAGUAAAACUUCCUACAAAUCAAGUUGGUGUAAUUUUCUGUUGUUUCCUUCUCCCUUAUUAAAGGGAGCUCUCUAUCUAGCCUUGCCAUAAAUUAGCAGAGUCCUUCUGUUUUAAGAGCUAUCAUCCUUUCCUGUGGAAGGAAUUAAGGGAUUUACAAAACAAGACAACUGUCCAGAACAGAGUAUUCUGCUUUCAGUGGUACUGUAGGUGCUAAUACUGGGUCAAAGCUUCCAGAUCUAAUUUCCUCAUACACUGAUUAUUUUUCCUGGAGUCUUGUUUAAUAUUUUAACUGUACAAAUACUUGUUUUUCUAAGCUGUAACAGUGUGUUUGCUUUUUCAGACCUGUUGCAAUAAUUUUGAAGAAAUAUUAAUGGAUUAGUAAAUUUUUCUUAAAUAAA